UCGGGAGCGCGCACAGAACGUCAGGGUAACGACCUGCACCCAGAACACAGGAACUGCUAUAACAUUCAUACACAGGCCGCCGUCCGGGUGUAGUGUAUCUGCUGGCCGGGUACUCUCCUCUCUGUUCCCGCUGCCAGUGUUUGAGGAGGAGUGGUUCACAUAAUACGCAGAUCCCUGUGCUCUAGAAAUGGCGUCCGAGGUGCGUGAUCCGCUUGCUGUAAACCCUGGUACUGAUCCGAUGGAUGUUGAAAGCAGCGACGGUCGUGGUUCUGAGGUGCACGCGUUGAAGAAUACGCACCAAGAAAGACGGGAGAUGACGUGCAACAAAGAGAAUGACCAGCUGAGUGCUCCUCUGGUCCAGCGUAUUGAUGCUCCACUGCCAAAAACCAACCCCUGGGCGAAGAAGCAUGGUCUGACGUCUACUAAUAAUGUCCACAACACUGGUGGUCACGAACCAAGAAGUGUGCCAUGUUCCACCAAAAUUAUAAAGGCAGGAAAACCUACGCAAAAAAAGUCUAGUGACUUUAAUGACAUCACAAACUGGCCAACACCUGGUGAAACUGCAACCCAAGAUCACCGACAUCCUGCAAGUCUUCCAAACCAUAAACCGGUGGGGAAUGACGCAGAAGUGAAAAGCGGCAUCGAGAGUAAGGAGAACUGUGAGCUGAAUGACCAUGUGGAGCACGCAGGGCACAAGGAUAAUACCUGGUCAGCGGCAUUAAAGAAGAGAGUUGGCAAGCAAAAAUGGGUUCCGUUACAACUCGAAAACGAGCAGGAAAAGCAAGGACAUCACACGGGAUCACAAUCACCAGAAUCGAAAAGAUCCACCUACAAGCGAGGGGAUUACCCCCAAAGUUGGCGUCGGGACAGAAAGGAUGACUUGGAUGAAGUAUCAAGCACACGAAGCGAAGGUGGAAGCGUCCGAGGAAGCAGCCGAGGCAGAGGAAGAGGCAGGGGAAGAGGUCGUGGAAGAGGAGUUCACUAUGGGUAUUCGUACAGCAGAGAUGAGCACCAGGGGUCUGUGGUUCCUUCUGAACUUGAUACCAGCAAUGCAAACAUGGUGUACUAUUACGAUGAUGGGAAUAGGUUGCACAUGUAUCCAGUGGAUGAAGGUUUACUCAAGGAGUAUGUCAAGCACCAAAUUGAGUAUUACUUCAGCUUGGAAAAUUUAGAGAGGGACUUCUUUCUCAGGAGAAAAAUGGACCCGCAGGGAUUUUUGCCUGUUAGUCUCAUUGCCAGCUUUCACCGCGUUCGCUUGCUGACCACGGAUGUCGGUCUCAUCUGUGAGGCUUUAAAGGAAAGUAAAGAGGUGGAAAUCAUAGAUCAGAAGAUAAGAAGGAAAGUGGAUCCAGAAAAAUGGCCUAUUCCUGGUGCUCCUGUUUUAAACCUUUCUCAGAGUGACUUCUGUAGACUACUCAACUGCCCCGAAUUCAUUCCUCGAAGAGCUCCAGACUCUCACACAGGAUCAGCACCAAAUUCCCCAAGGAAAGGGAGCGCUCUAUUUGAACAUGGAAGAAAUGAGCCAAGUAAUUUACAAACCAUGUCUAAAAGCCUAUCCGCAAGCUUACCAGAGCUGGACUCUGAGCCGUGGAUCGAAGUUAAAAGAAGACAUAGAGCGUCUCCUGUGAAGCCAAAGGAAGCUGUAACCCCCCCACAGGUAACUCCUAAACGUCAACCCGAGGAACCCGAGCAAGAAGAGCUGGACUUCAUGUUCGAUGAAGAGAUGGAACAUAUGGAGGGUCGCAAAAAUACCUUUACUGAUUGGUCUGAUGACGACUCUGAUUAUGAAAUUGACGACAAAGACUUAAACAAGAUCAUAAUUGUGACACAGACUCCCCCUCACCUGAAAAAACAUCCUGGUGGAGAUCGCACCGGAAAUCACGUUUCACGGGCAAAAAUCACCUCAGAGCUUGCAAAAGUCAUCAACGACGGGCUAUAUUAUUAUGAACAAGAUUUAUGGACGGAUGUAGGUGAACAGGAUUAUUUAAUGUCAAAGGAAAUAGAAAAUUUCAAGAAACUCAACCUCAUCAGCAAAGAGGAAUUUGACCAUCUUGCCCCAGACUCCCAGGCUGACCAAAUUAUUGACGAGUCUCCACCAAACAUACCCAUUUUCCAACAAGAUGUUCCAGAGUCCCCGGUACACCAUCCCCCAAGGACUCCAAAAACACCACGCACUCCACGCUUGCAAGAUCCCACCAAAACGCCCCGAUUUUACCCCGUGGUAAAAGAGCCAAAAGCUAUAGAUGUGCAGACGCCAAGAAAAAGGAAAACACGACACAGCUCAAACCCACCUUUAGAGUAUCAUAUUGGCUGGGUGAUGGACUCCAAGGAGCACAGGCCAAGGACAUCCUCUGUCAGCAGUUCGAAUGCCUCCCCUUCAGAUGGUACACCGCUUGUAGGAAGCUAUGGCUGCACCCCUCAUUCUCUGCCAAAAUUUCAACAUCCAUCCCAUGAACUUUUGAAAGAAAAUGGUUUUACUCAGCAAGUGUACCAUAAAUAUCGGCGAAAGUGCUUAAACGAGAGAAAACGCUUAGGAGUUGGCCAGUCCCCGGAGAUGAACACGCUCUUCCGUUUCUGGUCCUUCUUUCUCAGAGAUCACUUUAACAAAAAAAUGUAUGAGGAGUUCAGACAACUCGCUUUGGAAGAAGCCAAAGAAAACUACAGGUAUGGGUUGGAGUGUCUUUUCAGAUUCUACAGCUAUGGGUUGGAAAAGAAAUUCAGACCUGAGAUAUUCAAGGACUUUCAAGAGGAAACUCUGAAAGACUAUGAAAGCGGCCAGCUGUAUGGACUGGAGAAAUUUUGGGCAUAUCUUAAAUAUACGCAAACCAAGAAUAUGUCUGUGGACCUGAAAUUACAGAACUACAUGAGCAACUUUAAGAGGCUAGAGGACUUCAGAGUUGACCCUCCCAUAGCUGAAGAAACGGGUCGAAGGAGACAUCCAUCGGGUUCAACAUGCGACGAUGCAGGCAGACGACGGCACCGCUCCGGCUCUUCAAAGACUUCUCAAACCGCUAAACACUCUUCAACCGGUCAUUCCCAGGGAUCCUCCAAUUCCCCUCCCAAAGUCAACACAAAGCAGGAAAACCAAAGUGGCAAAAGCAACCAAGGUGGUGCCGUCACUAAAGGCAAUCGUGAAACGGCUACAUAAGAAACCGACUCCGAGUUUUCUGCCCCUGCUAACACAGCAGUAUUUUACUACAUGGCUCUUUGGCAGCAACCGUGGAAGCUUGAUCAAUAAUACACUCUAGGAAUGAAUGACUUGACGUUUACAAAGGUUUCCUUCUGUUUCUGAUGUGUGUGUGUGUGUGUGUGUGUGUGUGUGGGGGGGUAUUUUAUCAGGGUUGACAAAAGCUGUUGAGUUCCUGUGCGCAACCUUGAGCAGUGGUUUAGAAAA